AUGCUGAGCAGACGCUUCAAAAUUCUGACGCGACCGUUCCCAUUAGCCAUCAAGGCUCAGUACACAGAAACUCUGCGCUUUCCAAAAUGCGCUCUACCAUCUCCAUCCCGUCCAAGCAGUCAGCAUCGAUACAACUCCCGCAAUAGUAAAUGGCCCGGUAGAAAUGCUUGGGAAUCAUUUAAAAUUCUCUUCAAAAGUUCGCCGAUUUUAAUGCCCACAGCACUCAUACUAAUGGUAAUAUCAUCUGGAAUACUUCUAUGGAGCAAUAAAUAUUACGCCGAUUAUAUUAUUGGAGCAUUUGUGAAGUUCCCUGAACCAGUUGCAAAGCAGCUUCGCAAGGCAUUAUAUUACACCAACAUCGAGCUAACUCCUAGCCUUGCUAUCAAGUACUAUAAGGAAGCCCUUCGGUUAGCAGAAGAACAUGGACUCGAUAGGUUUUCAGAUGAAACUAUUGGCAUAAAGGUUCAGAUCGCGCUACUGUUCGAAAAGUGUCAGAAAUAUCACAAAGCAAUUGAAGUACUCGAGGCAAUUCGUAACGAUAAUCUAAAAUGGCUUGAUGUUGUUGGGUUUAAGGAAGGAUGGCUCGGAAAGAGGAAUAAAGUCUUACAGAAAACAGUACAGAUCUCCGUGAAAUUGGGAGACCUUUACGGUAAUCAGUUUGUACUAGAACCAGAACUUGCCGAAGAGAGAGUGACCUGGGCCGUUGAGCAAACCCUAAAUGAGCAAGAGAGACGUGAAAGGGUGGGAAUAGUAGAGGACGAGGGACCGUGGUUCGAUGAAGAUCAAAUCGGCGCCCAGUUUGAAACACUCGCACACAUGCAUGAGGAAAAAAAUAGGCAUUACCUCUCUGCUCCUCUCUUUUUACAAGCCCUUAACCUUUCGCCACCUAAGAGCUGCCAUACAGUCAUUCUAAUGAACAACCUAUCCACAUCCCUCGCUCAACAAUCACCGCCUAGUAACUUCCCCGAAGGGCCUACCACUCGGGAAGCUCUUAUCUCAAAUGCCACCGCUUGGGCGGAAAAAGCAGUCUCACUUGCCAAUAAAAUACAGCCCCCAGAAAGAAAUGAAGAAUGUGAUACUGGUUGCGCAGUAGCAACACACAAUUUGGGCGAGUUUUCAGAAAUGAGAGGUGAUUAUAAGGGGGCGGAGAAUCAUUACAAGCAAGCUGCUUAUCUGGCGAAAAAAAUUGGGUUUAAGGAAGGAUUGAAAAAUUCCGAGAUGGCAUUAAAGAGAAUCAAGACUAUUGGAACGACUUAA